AUGGAGAAAAUUACUGAAGCUAAGACCACUUGUCUACCAGUUUCUACGGAUAGAGGGAGACUCAUAGACAUCACAGGAUCUAUUGGAACAUGCUAUCUUGGAGUUCCUCGUUCUGCACGGGUGUGUGAAGCUGUUACACAGUCGAGUUGGAGCGUACGAGGGCAUCGAAGUCGCCAGUUUCAUGACUUGCACUCUCGCAUUCAGAGAGAGCCAGUUCCAGACAUCAACAGAGGCAGCGAUGUUAUGCUAUGGAGGCAUUCUGAUGAAUCCUAUAAGCCUUGUUUCUCUUCGGCUAAAACAUGGGAACAGAUCAGAGAAAGAAAACCAACAGUUUUUUGGAGUAAAAGUGUUUGGUUUGCUCAAGGAGUUCCAAGGUUCUCCUUUAUAGUCUGGUUGGCUGCUAAGAACAGAUUAGCUACUGGUGACAGAAUGAGAGUUUGGGGGUUGCAGCAAGGUUGUAUGCUGUGUGGAGAGCCAGAUGAGACCCAUGAUCAUGUCUUUUUUGCUUGUCCGUACUCAUUUACUAUCUGGGAUAAGCUGGCAAAUAAAUUGAGUGGGAGUAGGACUGAUCCAGAUUGGACAAUAACUCUGCAGUUUGUGUCUGAGAAUAACCUGCAGGUCAUGGAUAAGAUUCUGCUCAAAAUGGUGUUUCAAACAACCAUCUAUCAUAUCUGGAGAGAAAGAAAUGGGAGGAGACAUCAGGCGGGUUUUCGUAGUGUGGAUCAGUUGGUUCGUAUUAUUGACAAGGCGAUACGAAACAGAAUAACGUCACUCCGGUACAGGGCUGAUCACAAGAAUGCCGGCUUAAUGCAGAGAUGGUUUGUUGUUUCGGACAACGCUUAG